UCAUUAAUGUUAUUUGAUAGGUUCAUACCAUUUACACGCGCUCAUACAAUAUCCGAGGUUGUUUAUUUUCUCGGACGACCUAAUUUCGUCUUUGGACUUGACAAUGUUGGUGACCAUGAAGCUGUCAUUAUUUCAAAGUGUAAUUUUUGUCCUCAGUUUUCGGAUUUAUGCAACCGUUAAAGUGUCCGUAUUUUAUGAAACAUUAUGUCCUGAUUGCAUAGCUUUCAUAACAAAUCAACUCCAUCCCAACUACAAAGCAUUUGGCAGUAGCUUAAUAGAUUUGCAGCUCAUUCCGUGUGGAUUCGAACAUGAAAGUGUAGUUAAUGGCUCAAAGAUAUUUAUUUGCCAACACGGGCAAAAUGAAUGUUAUGGAAACAGAGUACAUGGAUGUGUUAUAGCAUUGUAUUCUAUCACAAUAAGUGAGAGCUUUGCGGCUUGCAGUGAAAGCUCAGAUAAUCCUGCAUCAAAAGAGGCUUUACAAAGCUGUGCAAGCAGCAAUCAGAUUUCUUGGCCUGACAUUGAGAUGUGUAUAUCUUCAAUAGCGGGUGAGAAAAUAAUGGAAGCAAACGAAAAAAUAACAGCCCAACUUAAUCCACGCUCAGUACCAACAGUUGUUUUCAAUGGUGGCUUUAAUGAGAACGAUGCCAACCAAUCUAUUGAUGAUCUUAAGGGAGUUAUCUGCAAAUAUUUGAACAACAAUCCACCACAAUGUCGCUCAAAUAUAAACCCCAGUAUAAUAGUAUUAUAGGACAUCUAUAUGCUAUGUAAUAAACAAUAAUGUUAUUAUACUGAAAUAAAUACAAUUUUUAUUAUA